UACCCCAUACAGAUGAAUAUGGCGUUCGCGAGGGGUCGUCCAGCUGUGGUCCUUCUGUGGAUACUUUACCUGUCGUCAUGGGUACAACUGUCGAUAAGUACAGAUCCAUCCAUUUUGGUUUCCGUUGACCAAGGUUUGUUUACUCCUAGCGGUAUUUACGUUUACAAAGGCGAUAGUAUCAGCAUCAGAGGUUCAUCUGCUGUUAAUGUCACCCAAACGACACUGAGUAACGUCAAAAUCAGGAGCAUGGACGUCAAUACAGCCGACGGAUCAGUUUAUUUCUUUGAUAUCACUUCUCGAUGUAUCUAUCGCCUUCAUUCCAGAAAAGUGGAUAAUGUCCACUGCGGGGUGUCCAGUUCAGUGUUCUCCUCUAUAGCCUAUGACUGGAUCGGUGGAAACAUAUACUGGACCGAUGGUUUCUUUAACUGGAUAGCUGUUCAGCCUGUUAGCACCACCGACAAGAGUAUGUACAGGGUCAUAAUCCAGGACGACAUAGAAAAACCGAGGGCAGUGGCGAUAGAUUCGAAAGCAGGAUAUAUGUUUUGGUUUGAUAUAUCCCCAUCUGGCUACCGGAUAGAACGAGCGUUGCUUGAUGGAACAGUCCGUGUGCCAAUCAUAACCACCAGUCUGUUGAGCGUAGAAGAUAUCGAGAUAGACGCUGGUGAACGGAGGCUGUACUGGACAGACGCUGGAAGAGACACCAUAGAGUCUUCCCAAUAUGACGGAACAGACAGAAAGAUUAUUUACAGGCAGCUGAAUAUCAAUUUCCGUUCAAUUGCUGUUGAUACGGAAGAUGUCUGUAUCACUAUACAUGGCUAUCGACGGUGGUAUUGUUUUUCCAAAGCAACUGGACGCGUUGUUUUUUCUCGUUCAAGCGAGUUCUUAAUAGCGUUUCCAAACAUUAUUGCCAUCUCUAAGAACGAACUUAGGCCUUACAUUACAGAUAGUUGCCCGACAUUAGGAUGUGAACAUUUCUGUGUGAACUUUCAACCUGACGGAAAAUGUAUGUGUAAGGAGGGAUACACUUUGGAUACAGACGACAGGCACUGCACAGAAAUCCACUCACUUUACCAUAAAGGAAUAGUGGUUUCUAACGCCACCCAUAUCUGUAUGCUGAGUGUCCGUACAGUAACAGGUCACGGUGACCCUCUUCGCUGUGCUGGAAACGCUGUACAAGGUUGUAAGCAUCUGGCAGUCGACGCCGGUAACACACUUAUUUACUACGUUGAUACUACAUCAAACUACAUCAGAGAGUACAAUUUAGCUACACAUACGAUCCGUCAGAUUAUACCGGUUACCACAGUGUCAGGAAUUGCUUUUGACUGGACAGAUAGAAACCUGUAUUGGUCAGAAUCAACGACGGGCAAAUUGAAAUACGUAACCAUCGCAACAGCUACUGCCAAGGAACUCUUACAUGUCACUUCACCUCCCUCACAUCUAACGAUAGACCCACACACUAGGACACUUUUCUGGGUGGAGGGAACGAGUGGCUAUACAAUGAGUAUCGUAUCAAUGUCCCUUGUGAGCAAAGCUACAUCCGUGGUGUUCGAUCAGCCAUCGCCUGCCUUUAUAAAAGACAUAUUCUUUGAUGUGACUAGUGACAUGUUGUACUUUGUUCAAUCCGACAAGCUUUACAGCACCACACGAGACGGCAGUGAUACCCAUGUGCAUUAUAGCAAUCGUCAAUCUGUUGACCAACUUAUCAUAUACAAGAGAUAUGCAAUCUGGUCCGAAACUACUAGUUCAAAGGUGUUUACUAUUUCUCUGCAACAAAACGACCAACAAACGACCAACUUAACAAUCAACAUAGGAAUGAUCAGUGCACUGGCAGUGUAUGAUGAGGCAUUACAAAGACCUUCAAACGGUCCAUGCUUUCACAUGAAUGGAGGAUGUGAACAACUUUGCAUGACGGGUAUAAGCGGAAGUGCUGUUUGUGCAUGCUCAUACGGAUUGACUCUUCAAACUGAUGGGAAAAGUUGUAGCAGUGUUCCACAAUCUUCCAACUUCCUACUGGUGCCCGAUUUUUCUCACGGAAAAUUGUUUCAAAUAUCUACCACGGAUGCACAGAUUACAGCCUUGGAUAUCGAUAUCGUUGAGAAACCAGUUCAUGCGGUGUAUGAUCCGAAGACAUCGUUUGUAUUUUGGAGCGAUAUUGAUGACGACAGCAUUAUGAAAUCUACUCUCAGUGGUAGAAAUGUAGAUAUAAUUUUCACCGCAAAAGGUAUUGACUCGUAUCCAACUGCACUGGCCAUGGACAAUUCUACUGGUAACCUAUACUAUACAGUAUCAGGUGAGGCAGACACGAUAUCGCCUGGCAGUGUUGGUGUACUCCAACCGUCUUCAGGGUUGGUCAGAACGUUGGUAGACAAUUUGAAUUUUAUAUACGGACUAGCUCUGUACCCAUCGAAGGGAUUGUUGUUCUACACACACCACGAUAAAAUUGAGACAUUCUUAAACAUUGUUCGAGUUUCAAUGGACGGAACGUUGCCAAGUGUCAUCAUUACCCUGGAUACCGAUGAUUUCCUCACUAGCCUUACUAUUGACUACAGGAUUUCAUAUACAUCUUUCAGGAAAGUGGUAAAAAUGGAUCUUCAGGCUGAAACAGAAGUUUCUUUUAUGAUGGACAACGCCGAAUUAGGAUUGAUAUUGAAUUUAUUUGUGUACCCAGGACAAGAAGAUCCAGGAAGGUCCGUGUGUUCAAGCAACAAUGGUGGAUGUAGUACCUUUUGCCUGCCAAAAGCGUCAAUUUCAUCAUCAUACUGCGCAUGUCAGGAUGGAACAGACCUAAAGUCGGACGAUCCUUACACGUGUGUAGGAGUAACACGUUGCCCAUCAGCCAUAUAUAAUGGAAACUUCAAUGACCCGUGUACACGUUAUGUCGGUGAUGCGUGUACGUUCCAGUGCAACGUUGGAUAUAUCAGUACAGUACCGUCAAAAUCAGUGACUUGUGAGCAGAAUGGACAGUGGAAUCUAAAUCUGCAACAACUCUGUCAACUACAGUCUACCUGUUCGUUAGGUAUACCUAACGGAAAGUUCGAAGACUCGUGCACACGCAACCUCGCUGAUACGUGUACAUUCAUUUGCAACGUUGGAUAUGUCAGUACAGUUCCGUCUAAUACAGUGACGUGUGGACAUAAUCGACAGUGGAAUGUACAUCUGCAACUACUCUGUCAACUUAAAGUGACGACUCCUCCAUCCAGUACAGAUACAAACCACCAGAUGUUUAUAUACAUAGGGGCUGGACUUGUGGGACUAAUUAUCGUUUCGGUCACCAUAGUGGCGAUUGUAUGCGUCAGGAAAAGAAGUAACAGACGCGGCCCCCAACCUCCGUCAAAUAGAAGUGAACCAAACGUUUAUUAUACGCCUUACCAAAUGGGUCCUAACCAAGGAGGAAUGCUUGCUGCCGGAGUGGUAAACCAAGGCAUGUAUAACGUAGGAAGCCAAUUAGAUGAAAAAAUGAAAAAUCUACCCUCUGCGCCUAUUCCGACCCCUCCAUACCAAGCAAGACCAGAACACACAUAUGAUACCAUCCCUGCUAACAGUGACCCGGCUCCUCCCUACGAGGCACCAAUGGUCAGCCGUGGUCCUUCAGUGAGAUCAGAGUCUUCAGUUGUCUCUGUGCCAAGCGGUGAAAAUGACUAUUUGACCCUCAUUCGUAGAGGGGUUAGCGAAUAAGGAAAGUUGCUUUGUAUGGCAUAUGAGAAUAUGUAUGACGAGUCUAAGAUUCAAUAUAGCUUUAAUGUUAUCAAGGAAAUUGAUAUAACUUCAUAGGAAUUAUUGUGAAGAAGAGCACUAGUUAAUUGGUGGUACCCAUCUUGAGCAUGAAACAAUGACGAAAAAAGUUUUUUUCUGGCUUCGAAUUUCUUCUGAAGUCAAUAUUCAUCUCUCAAAUUGUUGCUGAGUAUUUACCCUUGUUUGCAGCUACACCAGUACGCUAGGCUGAUUGGUGAAGCUUGACCAUAGGGCAUGAUGACCUAAUACGCGGAUUACGAGCUAUUCCUUUGUAACACGAGUGUGGUCAUCCCAUAAACACGUGAUAAUCAUAAAUAGAAUAUCAGAUGGUCAACAGCUGGGUGCUGUUCUAGAACAGGGACAUUACAUGUAUUAUCGAUAACGCAAGAGCCAAUUUAUAUAAUAUGCAAAACACAAGUUUGUGAUUAUUGACUCCGAGUAAACGAUUAUAAAUAAAGAUACCAUCUACACAAAUGUAUUUAUUUUACAAAAUAAAUUGAAUUUGUUUUAAAACAGUUUAAUUUUAAACAGAUAUUGUUCUUUAAAAUACAUCGCGAGACCUGAUUUAAGUGUAUUUCUUUUUCUUAUUAUUUUAUGUUACCAAGAAUAUUACAUUUCUAUUUAUAAGUUAGGUUGAACGGUAGUAUAUUAGCAAACGGAAUGAAUAAACAUUUUAUUAUGAUUAGUGAAUGUGAAUUCGCUCCAACGGAUUUUUUUGGGUUUGGUACCUUACACGCUGAUGGCUUAUGCAUAACAAAGAGUGAAAUUGGAUACGCUUGCGUUUCAGGCACGUUCAUGUAUUACGUUUAAUGUAUAAAAUGAAAUAACAUUUACUUAUGUUGUUU